AUGAAAAAGAAAGAUGCGCCGAGAGUGCGCCGUGGCUCUCAUCUUCUGUGGAAAUGCUGCACGGCGUGUGGCGGUAUUGCUCUGAAAUGCCGCACCAUCACGCACGAUGACGUGGCACGGAGUGUCAGAUCUCUUUUUGUGUCUGCGUGGUGUGGGUGCGUUUGCGCCGGACCUGUCGGCACGAUGGCCGCAGCGUGUGAUCGUCACUCUGUUCUCUUGGGAAAUAUGCUGCCACGCUUUUACGUGUGUGUUGUUUCGGGGACAAUGUGCUGGCGGCUGUGCGAUUGCCGGAUGGAGGGAGAGGAGUGGGGGGAAUUGCGUGAGCGCAGCGGUCAGGAGUCGCGCUGGGUAUCUCGCCGCGGAGGGGAUUGCCCACCCAGCCCAGCACCGCUCCUGUCGGGCACCCUCUCACUAUGCAGCGUCGUAGUCGACGCCAGCAGCACGCAGCGAGGCAGCGGAUGCCGCCACCGCCACGAGUGCGACCGGAGGGGACACUUCAGCUGUUGCGUUCCGAGGGGUCACUCCGUGUGGCACAGCGGCGUGCCCACAACCCCCUCGCGGACUCCGCACACGACACCGGGCACUGGCCGCGGAGUGUUUGCGUCAAAUAGGACACCGCAGUGGAGUCCCUCUUCCCUCCAUGUGGAAGGACGCCUGUUUUUACUCUUUUUCCCACCCAGGUGGAUGGCUGCGCGAUGGCACCACAACAAAAUGAGGCAGCCGUUUUCACCAUGGAGGGGCAAUAUCUGUGGUGCUACGCAUUGGGGAUGUAAACGGCGAAUGUAA